GUUGACCCCUGACCCCCCGCGCACCAUUCCGUCACCACAACAUGGCGGAGGCGGGAAGUUCUGGCACCAAGCGGCCCUUCUCUCAGGUCGACCAAGACGAGGAGCAGGAAGGAGUUUCCAUGCUGGACGUCCUGGAGGAAGAUGAGGAACUAGAGGAGGCUGCUUCGGCAGUCCUGGGUGGUAGCGAUGACCAGCACUGUACCUACAUCCAGGGCUACCUCUCCAGACAGGCUCUGUACGCCUGUGGCACUUGCACACCUGAGGUGAUGGACCCUGCCGGCAUCUGUCUGGCCUGCAGCUACGAGUGCCAUGAGGGACAUGAACUGUACGAGCUGUACACUAAAAGGAACUUCAAGUGUGACUGUGGCAACAGCAAGUUUCCUGAGAAUAAAUGCAAGCUGGAUCCAAGCAAAGCACCUGUCAACACAGACAACAAGUACAACCAUAACUUCCACGGCCUGUACUGCAUCUGUGAUCGGCCCUAUCCAGACCCUGAUGAUGAGAUAGAGGAUGAGAUGAUCCAGUGCGUGGUUUGUGAAGACUGGUACCACGGGCGUCACCUGUCCUGCAGCCCUCCUACUUCGGUCAGCUACCAGGAGAUGAUAUGUGGGGCCUGCAUGAAGAGGUGCAGCUUCCUCUGGGCCUACACAGUGCAUAGCAUCGAAACUACAGUUGUGAAGAAGGAGGAAACCCCAGGUGCAGUAGAUGUUGAGUCUGUGAGCACCAGUCCCAGUGGAAGUAAGGCUCUACAAGGUGCAGGAGACACAGCUGCUCAAGAAGUUGGAAGUAAGACUGCCACAGCUGUAACAGCCAACAGCCCUGACGGUGUGACUGCUUCACAUGAGUCAGCUGAUGACAAAGAGGGACUGAAUGGAGUGAAACUGCCCGCUGUGAAGAAGGAGGAAGGUGCUGCUACAGAUGCUGCCUGUGAGGGUUCGUCCACCAGUGGAACCUCAGGGUCAGCGGCAGACUCGAAAACAGAGUGUGCGCUGCAGGACCUACAGGACAGGGGAGUGACUGUUGGGGACCACGCCGUGUUCUGGCCUCAGGGCUGGAGAGCAAAACUCUGCACCUGUGACAAGUGUAAGGCCCUUUAUGAGGAGAAGGGAGUGACAUUUCUCCAGAAUGAGGGUGACACGGUGCUGGCAUACGAGCAGCGUGGCCAGACAGGACAGCCACAGGGCUCCACCUAUGAGAAGGGGAUGGAGGAAUUCAGCAAGAUUAACAGGAUACAACAGGUGGAAGUGUUGCAUGGUUAUAACGACAUGAAGGAUAACCUGAGAGAUUAUCUGAAGACUUUUGCUGAGCAGGGCAAGGUGGUGACCGAGUCUGACAUCAGAGAGUUCUUCAUGCGUAUGCAGGACAGACGGAGACAACAGGGAGCUGGGGUGCAGUUCAACUGCCGAUAGAGACCACCGAACCACAGGACUGUCACGCUACCCUCUUCACCGUCACACACAUGUAUGAAGUUCCCAUAAAGCCUGAUCAGAAUUCACAGCAGUAUUGUCAAUGUCUGAAACAAAGUAUAACAUAAAGGCAAGUCCUGAAAUCAAAUAUAGACCAAUAAACUAGCAUCAGAUGUUGCAUUUAGGAAAGUAGGCAAACUAUCAGGCA